ACAAUUUGCGGGAAACCUGCUGCGCAUGCGCGACGAAAGCGGGACAGCAGCGCCCUCACUUUGGUUGGAAAGCCGACAGACGAUUUCCCGCCAGAUUACGUUGAUCCGGCAAUCUCGAUGUUUCAGGGCUGUACGUUUCGACACAAUGCCAGCGCACUGCGUCGCGUAUGGCUGCACUAAUUACUUCUAUGGCAAAGCGGCGGUAAAGUUUUUUAGAUUUCCGUCAGCGAAACUCUAUCCCGAGAAGCGAAAUGCUUGGAUUGCUGCGGUAAAGAGGAAGAAUGAAGACGGUUCAUUGUGGCAGCCGAACGAACAUUCACGCAUCUGUAGCGCGCAUUUCAUUACAGGGCAGCCGUCAACUUUCAGCAAUCAUCCCGACUACGUGCCAAAUGUGUUCUGCUACACGAGAACUCCGGGCCAGGCUGGUGCAGAUCGGCACAGCCGUUGGCUGAAAAAACAAGGUGAAUGCGCUGCUUCUAAAAAGCAGCAAUGUAGCAAGAACCUAGCAGAUCAGCUUCCUGCCACACAGCAACCUACAGCCCCUUCGGUGAACCAAGGGAAGACCAGUAAAGGUGCUGGCAUGAAUGAAAAUGCCUGUCUACACAGUUCUGUCGACACAGUUCACCAAGCACUUGGGAAGGAGUUUUGCAAUGAGAUUGAUGAUGCUGACAUGACUGCGUGUUUAUCAGAUGACGACGUGGUACCCCACAAAGAUGUACUGCAGCAGGUUUCUGUAGAUGAUACCAGGCCAUUGCAGAUGACCCUGCCACAAUGCAGUUGUCAACAGUGCAGUUGUGGCAAUGUGAGGCGCAUGGAGCGCACUCUCGGUGAACUUCAGAAACAAGCUAUCUGGCUUCAGAACAGAAACCUAAGGCUUGAAAACAAGCUUGACAGUGUCAUGUCAAGACUUCUCACAGUAGAAAUACUGCAUGAUCCAAGUAAAUGCAUGUAUUACGUCGGACUGCCAAACAUUGAAGUUUUCAAAAGCUUACUUGACCACCUAAAACCUCUCGCUAGUGAAAUGACAUACUGGGGUUCGAACCAGAAAGGCGAAAAUGGCCCUCGUGGGCAUCGAAAAGAUAGUGAAAUAGAAAAUGAGUUUUUUAUGACCUUGCUUAGGCUGAGAAGAGGAAUGGGUGGUGUCGAGCUAGCACGCAACUUCCUAAUAUGUGAAAGCCAGGUUAGCCGCAUCUUCACUACAUGGGUGAAUCUGCUGCAACGAGAGCUAAAAGAAUUGACAACACUGCCUCCUCGGGAAGCCUUACAACCGUACCUGCCGAAGUCAUUUCGAGACUUUGCUGACACAAGACUGGUCCUCGAUGCAACUGAAGUGAGAAUUCAACGAUCAUCGUCGCUGAGUGCCCAAAGGCAAACAUUUUCGCCAUACAAACAUUAUAAUACAUACAAGGUGCUUUUGGGGUGCACCCCUGAUGGGUACAUAGCAUUUGUUUCCCGCCUUUGGGGUGGGUCGGUGUCCGACACGACGAUCCUGGAAAGCAGUAGACUACUCGACGAGUUGGUAGAAGGAGAUGCAGUCAUGGUGGAUAAGGGUUUCACCUUCCCCUACUUACCACCUGGAGUGACUGUAUACCGACCUCCAUUCCGUCAGCGCCAUCAAAAACAGAUGCCACCAGCUGCAGUCCAUGAAACGCGGCGCAUUGCCUGUGCAAGAGUUCAUGUUGAACGGGCUAUUGCACGCGUGAAAAGUUUUCGUAUACUCGACCGGCCAUUCCCAAUUUCCAUGAUUGAUAUUGCUGAUCAUGUGUUUCAAGUGUGUUGCUUCCUCAGCAAUUUCAGGAAUCCGCUCAUAAAAGGUGAAGCGGCUAUUUAAGCACUGAUGACAAUUUCAGUGCAAAAACUG